UCUUGAUCACAUCGUCAGAAAAUGAGACGAGCAUGUUUAUAAUUCAUAACUACUGAUAGUGUUACAUUUACACGUAUAAAACAGUUUUCAGAAUUGUUCGCAGUCGUAGUCAUUUUCAUAUUCGAUCUUGUUAACGUACGUUCAGUCGAAGCCUGUUCGUCUUCGGGGAAGUUUGUAGUCUUUCGUGAUCGAGAUCGCUCUGAAGUUUAUUCUCAUUAUGGAGACGAAAGUAAACCCAGUGUUCGCGAUGCUUCUCUGCACCGUCUUCGUCGUGUGUGGCGCAAGGUGUGCUAUACGCGAAUACAUGACAAUUGAAAGAGCACUCAAAAGUUUAUCCAACGUCGUUGUGAAGUAUAAAAGCGAAUUUGAUACGAGAGUAAAAUUUCAUCAGUUGCAAGAAGCUAUCGACGCGAUUGACGAAGCUAUGCUCGACUACCAGGGUGUGGCUAAAAAUAAAUUGGAUCAAUUACGCACAUUAAAUUCUAAUGCACGCAACACAUACCAAGACUGUGUCGGCCCGGUGUUCGAGUGGUGCGUUUCGAUCAACAGCACAUUCAAUAUCUUCAUACCCUUUAUAAGUGACGCACGUUUGACAGAGCACGACAGAGAUAUCAUAUGGAACAUGACCAUCAAUACACUGAGGGACGGCGAGAAGAAAACUUCUAACUCAUUGGAAUUAUUGGUUCUCGUGCAAAACAAAACUGCCGCAGUGAAAAAUUUAUUGGACUCCAUGCUGCACGAUAUUCACGAUGAUUUCGGACCGCAAGGAUAUUAUGGAAUGCAGAAGGCAGCGCUGAAGAAUGCGAUUGCUGAAAUCCAAAGAGCUCGCAAGGCUCUAAUUAUAGUUGGAAUUAUUGGCCUCAUAUUUACUGCGAUCACAGCUUUUGUGACUGGCCCGAUAGGCUUGUCAUUAGCCUUGGCAACGGCGUUCCCUCCGGCAAUAGCUGCAGUGGUCAAAGGUCAACGACAAGCCACGUAUGAAGAACAAUUACAGACUAUCCAAGCAUUCUUCAACAUUCUGGAUGAUAGGAUAAAUAAGGCUAGCGAAAUCGCAAAUCAGAUCAAUUUAGACUUGGCAGAGGAUAAAAACAACUUGCAUGAGCUUGCAGGGCUACUUUCCGCUGCGGACAGAAACAAACAAUUGUUGUUGACGGACAGCCCAACUGUCCGAGCUCUGCUUGUUCCAAGUUUCCGGAACUUGGGGAACAAAUGUCACGAAUACGCCAUGUGGCACGGCUAUGGCUCAAAAGGUUAUGCGCAUCAUCAUGUUAGAGCUAGACGUCAAGCAAACGAAGCAUGUGAAGCCCGGCGACUGGAGGCAAUGACAGCGAUAACUAGAUCCAUGCCCCAGAAUACGACGUUUGAAACUAUGGUUUCCAAAGCCCAUUCUAUUAUAAAAGAAAUGGAUUGCGAAUCCUAUACAGCUUUGCCCACACCACCGCAACUGUUGAUCGACGAAACCAGCAACGAGUCAUGGCGUUCCAGUAUGAUAACGACUUAUUUGAAGCGCGUUCAAUAAAAGAAAAAACUAUUUAAAUAUUUUUAUCUUUUUUUUGUUGAAAAAUCAUCAAUAAAACAUCGCUAAGAGCGUAAACUGUGCGAA